AUGGUUGCCGGUGUUCUGCCCUAUCGCGACAUCAACGUCCACUCGUCGCCCUCGCAUUAUGCCUUCUCCUCGCCCUCUUCGCCGACAGCGCCCACAUUAGUGGUAGAGCGUCCUUCAGGGGACCUUCGUCUGCACGAUGGCAAACUGUUAGGCUCCCGGCGCGUUUCGAGCAUUGCCGGCAUCCUGGGCAUCAUCAAGCUCAGGCUAGACAAAUACAUCAUUGUAAUCACCAAAGCUCAACCUAUGGGCAGAAUCAAGGGCCACAUGAUUUAUAAAGUCGUCGCUACUGAAUUCCUGCCUCUGCGCGAACGGCCCCUGCAUGAUCUCGAUGAGGAUGCGUACCUGAGACUAUUGAAGGACCUGCUCAAAGCCUCUCCGCUCUAUUUCUCCUACUCAUUCGAUGUCACAAACAGCUUUCAACGCCAGGCACUUGCUGAUCCCUCAGUGCCGCUGUGGAAAAGGGCAGAUGACCGCUUCUUCUGGAAUCGCUUCAUACAGAGUGAUCUCAUCGAUUUCCGCGGGGGACUAAGUGGAGGAUAUGGACAUAGGCAUCCAAAUGCACAGCCCGAAGUGGACCCUUACAUACUUCCUGUCAUGUUUGGGAUGAUGGAGAUCAAGAACACAUCUAUCAAGGGGACGCCAUUGACUUUCAUUCUGCUAACACGACGUUCGCGACGGAGGGCCGGAACCCGAUAUUUCUCGCGCGGUUUGGACGAGAAUGGCAACGUGUCUAAUUAUAACGAGACGGAACAGGCAAUCAUCUUGAAUGACAACGCGUCUGGGGGACUGGGUGGCUUCGCAGGCAACAACUCUUUCCAAAAUGGAGGUGCGCGAGGUAAUGCCGGUAAAGAAGUUCAAGUGCUGUCAUAUGUCCAAACCCGCGGUAGCGUACCCGUCUACUGGGCUGAGAUCAACACCUUGAAGUACACACCCAGGCUACAGAUCCGCGGGGUUGAAAGUGCUCUGGAUGCGGCAAAGAAACACUUCGCAGAGCAGAUACGUUUAUAUGGCGACAAUUGGCUAGUGAAUCUGGUCAACCAGAAAGGCCGCGAGCAGAAGGUGAAGGAGGCUUACGAGCAAAUGGUGGAACACCUCGUCUCCCAACCCACCGAAAAUGUCGAGGGCGACAGUAUCACUUCCGAGAAGUUCCAUACUGUGGACCCCGGCAACGCUCAGACCGCCUACGACCGCAUCCACUAUGUCUACUUCGACUUUCACAACGAAACGAAGGGUCUUCGCUGGGAUCGGGCGCAACUGCUCAUGGAAAAGCUUGAGCGGCCGGUAUUGGAGCAUGGAUACUUCCGCGGCGUGGACAUGCCGGGUGAUAUUGGUCGUGUCGAAACGCGAAGGCAUCAGACAGGGGUUGUGCGAACCAACUGUAUGGAUUGCCUGGACCGGACCAAUGUGGUACAGAGCAUGUUAGGGAGAUUUGUACUGACCCGCAUGCUCAUUGAUCUGGGUAUCCUUAGAGAGGGCGAGAAUGCAUCGGAUGACCCGGCUUUCGAGUUUCUUUUCCGCAACACCUGGGCUGACAACGCCGACGUCGUGUCGAGAUCAUAUUCCGGUACGGGAGCGUUGAAGACGGACUUCACUCGGACAGGGAACAGGACAAAAGCUGGACAACUGGCAGAUCUGUCCAACUCCAUCACGCGCUACAUGUUGAACAAUUUCGCCGACGGUCCGCGCCAGGAUGCCUUUGACCUUUUCUUGGGUACCUACUUGCCCUCUGAUUCUGGCAUUGGCAGCCAACUGCUGUUCGCCGAUAGGAGGCCGAUCUUCGUCCAGUCGGUACCAUAUAUACUCGUGGCCAGCAUCUUCUUCGUUUUUGUUGGUAGCUUUACCCGCAGAGAACCUGAGGCCACAGUGUGGCCGCUGCGAUUGCUGAUGUUUAUCUUCCUUGGUGUAGCUGCCAUGUGCUUCCACUUCAUCUGGACCAAUGGCACGCUAUAUGUAAACUGGCCCAAACUCAACCGCCUCCCUUGGGCAAUAGAAUCCUAUCAAGACGCUUUGUCACAUGUACAACACAAUCCCGUCGUUGGACCGCUCGUUACCACGAGACACGAACGGGGGAAGAGCGACGCAAGAUUGGGCUACCUCGAGGAGGGCAAGACGAGAAUCGAGUAG